AAAACUCCCCCUUCGCUCUUAUUUUCAGUUCACUUCAAACCUCCCGUCCGUCUAUCCAUCACUCCGUCGCGCGCGUCCAGGUGUGGUGACGAUGACAACGCGGAAGUGUGUGUUGAUGUUGUCAACAGCGUAGGGAGCCGCUGUAGUGAGUCCACUGUCCUGCAGCCAGACACGAUGUCCAACGACGACGGUAUCCGAUACUGCCACAGAUGCUCCUAUAUUUUCCUCAAAUUCACCCUGUUCGCUUAUGCCAUCAUCUGGUGGUUGAUAGGCGGCUUCAUUCUGGCCAUCGGCAUCUAUGCUGAGGUGGAGCGACAACGCUUCAAGACCCUGGACGGAGUAUUUUUGGCCCCGGCUAUUAUCCUGAUCCUUCUGGGAAUCAUCAUGUUUGUUGUUUCGCUCAUUGGAGUCCUGGGGUCACUCAGGGACAAUCUAACCCUACUGAAAGUGUUCAUGUACACCCUGUCUGUGUGUCUGAUCCUGGAGCUGCUAGGAGGAAUAUUAGCGUUGGUGUUCCGCAACCAGACGGUGGAGUUACUGAACAAGAACAUCCGAAGAGGCAUUGUGAACUACUAUGAUGACCUGGACUUCAAAAACAUCAUGGACUUUGUACAGAAGAAGUUUAAGUGUUGUGGAGGUCAGGAGUAUUCAGACUGGUCGGUCAACAUGUACCACAACUGUUCUGCACCUGGUCCACUGGCCUGCGGAGUCCCAUAUACCUGCUGCAUUACUACUAAGCCUAAUGAAGUGGCCAACACUCUGUGUGGGUACAAGGUGUUGGAUAAAGAGCGUUUAGCCUUGAUCGAAACCAUCCACAUCAGAGGCUGCACUGAUGCUUUCUUCCUCUGGCUGAUGGAUAACUAUAAGAUUAUGGCUGGACUGCUAUUAGGAAUCCUACUGCCUCAGUUCUUCGGUGUGAUAGUCAGCUGGCUGUACACGACUCGUGUCGAAGACGCCAUCAGUGAGUACGGUCACUACAUGGACCUUCUGGACUCAAGUGAACAAACAAGAGCAGCCAAGAGCCAUGGCCGCGUGGCCAAAUGGUUCAAGUGUAUGCCAGAUUACGACUGAUGAAGGCAAAAAAACAAAGAGCAGCAAAUGGACUCCAUCCAACUCUUUCAGUUGAUCCAGAUACUGCUACAGCCACUGUGACAAGAAAACAUGUUUUGAUUGUUGUUGUUUUUUGUUUGUAUUUUUUGGGAAGAAGGAAUUUUUCAGCAACCAGAGAGUUUGAUAUUCAAGUGUUCCUUUUUUAGAUUUUAAUCUAUCCAACACACACAUGUUUGCAGGGCCCACUGUAGUGUUAAUUAUUAAUUACUGUGUUAACAUACAGUGUACUAAUGCAUGAGUGGGUGAUGAGAGCUCAUUUAAAGAGGUGCUUUUAGCUGCAGUGUGUCCAAGAGAGUCUCAGGGAUAAACACAGGAACAGAUACAACCACUCCAGCUUCUGGUUUUAUAAUAUGACAUAAAAUUAAUUUCAUCACACGACAAUAUACUGCACUGACUUCUUCAUUCUUACCUUUUUACCUGUGCUUAUUGCUGAUUAUUUUGCUACCAGUUAAUGCAUUGCUUGGCUCCUUUAUACAACCUCUGAUGCAGUGGGUCCUAUUAUUCAACCAUUACUGUUGCCAAAAACUCUAAUGCAAGAUGUUUUAGACUGAGACACGAUGUCUGUCAUGGAAUAGCAGAACAUGUUUGCCUUAUCUGUAUAUAAAAGUGAAAAUACUUGGAUAUCUGGGACUAAAAAAAUAUUAUUUUGAAAAACAAGCCUUAUCCCCUUAUGAGUGCUGACUGAAUUUUCACGUUUCCAGCACAACAAGUUGUAGUCUGGAAUGCUCACUUUUUUUUCUUCAUCAGACCCUUAACUUUAACUCCUCCAAAAUACAUUGCCUAUCCAUCCUCAGUCACCUUACUGGUAUAAUGUAAAAAUGAAGAAAAAAGCUGACCUUACACCAAGUCUGCUGCUGCAGGAUGAUCAGUUUGAUGUUGAUUUAAAAGAUGAAUGCUGUGCCGCUGCCAUAACAAGAUGAUAUCUCAGGGUUAUUGUUAAAGUACAACUUUGCCGAUUUUCAGUCAUCUCUUCAUCACUGCAGCACGGGCAGCACAUGCAGAUGAAUGUCAUCUGGCCUCCCUCCAUGCCGCCAGCACCCACAGCUCCCCAUUCGCCCGGCCUGAUACUGCCUGUGCUGCAGUGACAAUAAGAGGGUUUUUUUUAAAUUGACAAAAUUUUCAAUUUAUGUACAGCAACCAUUCAUCCUAUAAACUAUAGAUGGACCCCCUCCUUGCAACUUUUCUUUGAGUUUUACAGAUAUGCAUUUGGUAUGACAUAAGUGAUAAAUAUGACUUUAAUGUGCUACCUAACUUUAGUUUUAAUGUGAAGUUGUAAACUGAGAGCAAAUAUGCCAUCUUUGUGGAAGUAGAUAUGUUUUUUUUAUUUUUAUGUGACUUCCCACUACGGGGGCAUUUCAGUAUCCAUACUACCUUACUUUUUAACAUGCCAGAAAGAUUUAGUCUGUCCCAAUAUAUAGUAUGUCAAAUGCAUUAUACCAAAAAUACCAGGAUGUCCUCCUACACCAUGUCGCAUUUUGCAUAAUACAAGCCAUGAUGCUUCUCUGGCUUUUCUGACCCGCAAUUCUCUGCAAACCAUGUACAUGAGCAAAAGGCUCAAAGCUCAAGGCUCAGUAUAAUGACAGCAUAGUAUAACCGAAUUGUUUGCAUACUGCAUGCAAAAGUAUGUUCUCUGUAAGGGCAGCUGCAGUAAGUACUAGAAGUAGGAAGAAUGAAUACAUGAUUUUGAAAGCAGAAUACAUUCUUGAUGAUAUUUCUAUAUACUGCAAUGUACUUAAAUUAGAGCUAAAACAUGUUUGCAAGCAUUUCAAGUUGUUUUUUACAGUCAUUGCCUCCAUUUAAUGGAGGACUUACCAAUAUUUAUACAUUAGUCUGUUUGCACUGGGUCUAAUAGAGAUUACCAUGACUUUAUUCUCAUUAGUUUGGUCACACGUCAGAGCCAAAUAUCUAAUAAUCCAGAGUGAAUAAUUCAACUUUUUUUUAUUUUAACCCUAUUAACACAUUGAGUUGUCCCUCAUGAGAAUCAGCAGUAUAAAACUCAGCAUUUUUAUAUUUUUUAUUACACUAAACAUCUAUUGACUCAGCUCAAAUAGAAAAUAUAACUGUUCUUGACAUUUUAUGGCCUGUUUUGUCAUUAGUUCUUGUAAAGUCUAAGCAUACUGUAUUAUACUUGUAACCAAAGAAAGUAAAUUCAGAACUUGCUGCCGGUACAGUAGGAAGAUGCUUCUUAAACAUGUUACAUGACAUAAAAAACAUUCGCUGACUGUAAUGACCUAGUCUACAAUCACAGGACUUAAACACUCCAGUUAAAGUGCCAAUGUUAUCACUUUAAAGGAGUAACAUGAUACACAAAUGUUUUCCGAAGUGAUCCUUUGUCAUUUGUUUCAGUUGCGAGGACAUUCAGCAUGCCAGCUCUAUGUAUACUGUGUACUGUGUGCACAUCAUUUGUCAUGUGUAUAUACUUUUACAAAGGUGGCUUCAAUGGGAUUUGCAUGAUCUGUUUUUAAAAGUUAGCUGUAUUAUGAGUUUGAUAAGUCGCACAAAACCACAUUUUCUCAAAGAAGUAUUUUGUCAAGUUGUUGUUUUGUGUGGCUGAGGGUGGAAAAUAAAGUGAUUAAAUACUGUU